CAAGAAAAUCAAAUAGAAAAAAUAAAAGGCAAAAAAAAACAUAGACCCGUAGCCCCUUGACACCCAGAAAAACCGCCAAAAAAAAAAAAAAUGAAAACCCAACAUUUCACCCACAAACUCACCCACUCGCUACUAAAACCCACCUGGAUACCUUUACUGAUGCUUCUGUGGACGAGUGGAGGAGGUGGCGGUGGAGGCGGUGGAGGAGGAGGUGGAGUGGGUGGAAUAGGAGUAACAGAGGCGGUGGAUCUUGGGGUCAUGUCGUCCCCCCGAAGAUGUGAAAGAAUAACAAUACCAAUGUGUCAAGAAAUUCCUUACAAUAAUACCAAGAUGCCGAAUUUGUUGGGACAGUUCAGCCAGGGAGAGGCGGCCAUCAAGGUGCACGAGUACAUGCCCCUGGUGGACAUAGGGUGUAGCCAGCACCUGCGGUUCUUCCUGUGUUCCCUCUACGCCCCGAUGUGUACCCCCGUGGUGGACGCCGGGAUCCCCUCCUGCCGCUCCAUCUGUCUAGAGGUAAGGAAGAACUGUCUGCCGGUGCUGAGGAAGUUCAAUUACUCUUGGCCCGCUGCUCUGGACUGCAAUCGUCUGCCCAACCCAGGCCCCGAGACACUCUGCAUGGAACCUGACUCUAAUUCCUCCUCCACCGCCGCGUCCUCCCCCGUGCCGGACCAGCGCUACCCUCCCCCGGCUAAGGACCUCGCAGAGCCCAGCCUGUGCCCGCCCCGCCAGACCUGGGUGGGGGCGGGGGGCGUGGGUGGGUGUGCGCCGGUGUGCGGGAAGGAUGUGCUCUUUCGAAGAGAGGAUAAACACUUCGCCGAGGUGUGGCUGCUGGUGUGGGCCGGCCUGUGCUUCGCCUCGACUCUCUUCACAGUUCUGACAUUUUGGUUGGAGCCCGCAAGGUUUAGGUACCCAGAACGCCCUAUCAUCUGCCUCUCCCUCUGCUACCUCCUCUACUGCCUCGCCUACUUAUCAAGGCUGGUGGCGCCCAUUGAAGUGCUGUCGUGUGAGAGGUCAUCCAGUGGUGUGGUGCAUCUCACAGUACAGGGUCUUCUUUCCUCUGGCUGCAUUAUUACCUUCAUUCUACAGUACUACUUCAGCCUGGCGUCGGGGAUCUGGUGGCUGGUCCUCACCUUCACCUGGUUCCUCUCCGCCGGCAAGAAGUGGUCCUCUGAGGCACUGCUGGCCUACUCAUCCUACUUCCACGCCACGGCGUGGGGUCUGCCUGCCCUCGCCACCAUCCUUGUGCUGGCGCUGAAACAGGUGGAUGGUGACGAGCUGGUGGGCGUGUGCUAUGUUGGGCUGUCUCGCCGCUGGGCCCACCUGGCGUUUGUCAUAGUGCCACUCUCUACCCUGUUGGCCCUUGGCACUCUGUUCAUCGCCCUGGGCUUUGUGGCACUGUUCCGCAUCAGGAGGGCCAUCAAGAGUGAGGCGGAUGUACCCCAGGUGGAUGUGGGCACCACCACCCCUCUGUCCACCUCCUCACCACUCACCACCACCAACAUCACCAAGCUGGAGAAACUAAUGGUGCGUAUAGGAAUCUUCUCUGUCCUCUACACCGUUCCUGCUGUGUGUGUCAUCGCCUGCAAUGUGUAUGAGUAUGUGGGGCGGUGGCACUGGGAGGAGGUGGCAGUGCAGGCGGCCCUCAGGUGUUCAUCAGGGUAUCAGAGAGGCACUGGCACACCGCGUCACCUCCAGGCUGGGUUGGUCAGAGCUGCAGAUUGCACACUGGAGCAGAGCAUUCCUUCCGUGGAGAUCUUCAUGCUCAAGAUCUUCAUGUCGCUGGUUGUGGGCAUCACCUCCGGGAUGUGGAUCUGGUCCUCCAAGACGGUAAUGUUGUGGCAGAAGUUCUUCCGAGGUGUGUGUGGCAGGGCAAGUCUCCGGAAGAAGGGAGGGCAAGUUUAUGAAUCCCCAGGGCAGGGUGGUAAUGACAAGGCAACUAAUGGACGGCACAUGGGUCUGGCAGGGUGGACGGCGGAGGGGCAGUCACGACCCUUGCCUCCCCUGCCACAGAGACCAAGGCCCCAGAACGCCAUGCAUCUCUCACAGGUUUAAGACGUUUGUUGAGCUCACUGUCGCAUUGUAUGUUUAAUCAGAGCUGUUGUGUUUUUAUUUAUUUAUUUUUCUUAUUCAUUUUUUUCUUCAUUGCAUUGUGUUACUGUUUUUUUCUUAAUGUAAGGGAAAAUCUGGCCAAGGAACAAGAACGUCUAAAUAAAAAAAAAAGGCCCACUUAGAUGCCAGUUCCCGAGCAGGUCCAAGAGUUAGCUAAAAAGUAUGGGGUAAAUGGCUUUAAAAAAUAUAAAUAGAUAAUUCUCAUUCCAUAUUGCAAAAAAUCUUCAACUAAAUUCC